ACAAGAAAAGGUUUUGUCUAUUUUUGUGGGACAGUGUUGUAGGGAGAAAAAAGGAGACUUUCUGAGUUGGGUUUCAUUUUUUAUUUUCUUCUUUUUUUAUUCCCUCUUUUGGCCUUCCAAUUAAUAUUCCCCAUCUUCAUAUUAUCUUCUUCAGUGAGAGAGCCAGAGAGAUUUGCAGUUGCAGAGAGAAAUGGAGAAGGCUUUGACCAAAGUUGGGAGUUUUUGGAUGUCCCAAAAGGCCAAGCAAGAGAUCUCCCACAUCACUGAUGACUUAUCCUCUUUGUCGAGCACGGUGGAGGAGAAGGCCAAGUGGUUCAUCAACAAGCUAAAAGGGAAGCCGUCGAAGGCCUUGACAGAUCUCCUCCGAGAUUACAACCUACCUCCAGGUCUCUUCCCCCAGAACAUAAUAUGCUAUGAGUUCGACGAGACAAAGGGCAAGCUCAUCGUAUACUUGCCUUCUCCUUGCGAAGUCUGCUUCAAGAAUUCAUCAGUCGUGAGGUACGCGAAUCGGGUCAAAGCGACCUUGUCGAGAGGAAAACUUACAGCGAUCGAAGGAAUGAAGACAAAAGUGCUAGUGUGGGUCAAAGUGACCGGGAUCAAUAUGGAGAGCUACAAGUCCGAUAAGAUAUGGUUCACCGCCGGCGUAAAAAAAUCUCAGCCUCGGGAUGCUUAUGAAUUGGCUCGGAAUGCCGUUAAGGUCGAAGAAUUCUGAGGGUGCUGUAACGCUGAAUUGUGAGCUUUACUUUGUUCAUGAAAACUGCCUCCUGAUGCAUGUACAUAUGUAUCUUUUGAUAAUCCUUAUCGUCCUCGUCCUACUGCAUUAGUAUAGAGUAUGUGCUUAAAGUUGUGCAGUGCAGGUUCGGAAUUUCUUUAAUGACUAUGACUUUUGUUCGGUUUUCAGGGUACAAUAUAUAAAAUCAUAUUAUAUCAA